CCCCGCCUUUGUAACUAAAGCUUUCGGAGAAGAAAGGAAAGAAGCGCCAAAGUUGUGGCUCCUGAAGCAGAGCAGCAGCAACUCGGGCAACAAUACGCCGUCUCUCUCUAGAACUCCAACUUCUCCGUGUACUCUCUCUCUCUAGAACUCCAACUUCUCCAUGUAGUGAUUGAUGGAUGCUUAAAGAUUUCACAUUAGCUGCCUGAAACACUGCCAUGGCUCUAUCUCAUCUCUCUCUAACCCCAACAUAUCUUUCGAGACCCGCUUAUCUUGUCUGCCCCUCCUCCUCACUCUCCACCAACUCAUGCCAGACCAGGAUUUCUCUCUCUACCUUUUACAAACCCUAUUUCAUAAAACCCAGCAAGCUUAGCAAAUGGGCUCUCGCUCUAUCAGAUAGCAACGCGCUUUUCAUACAGGAUGAGUUGGAAAAGUUGAGCAAUUUUAAUGGUGAGAGUCUCCCUUGUGUUAGGACUUAUGAGAAUGAUUUGGGGCGAAUGAUAGUGACUGGGGAGGUGGAUUUAGAGCAGGCCCUAACGGCAGCUGCUGCUGAUGGUGGGGAGGCUGCGAAGGAGCAUAUGGACUCGGGCAUCGCGACAAUGGUGAUUGAGACUGUUUACCCUGAAUCUUCUGGUGAACAUGGCACCAUCUCAACUAGACUGUUUCUUCCUGCAAGAAAGGUCGAAGAGAAGGCCAGGAAGUUACGGAAUUCUCUCACUGCAGAUAUCUUAUCCACUACUUCUUCUCGUAAUGUACUUGCCAUGACCUUCAGACAGGUUGUCCUGCAACAGAUAUGGAGCUUUGAACUUCUCUUAUUCGAACCUGGAUCUGAGCGUAACAUGGAGGAGCUUGCUAAUCCUAGAGAGAUCCCGGCUUUCUGCACACUGAGUUCCUCAGACAUAAAAGUUCUUCCAGUGCUUGCUGAAGUUGUUUGCUCACGCGCUUUAGAGAGCAUAAAAGAUGAUUUCCUUGGAAACUCAAUGGGGGCAUCUCCAAAGAAUUUUUUGCACAGGUUUCAGAAGCCCAGAGUGAUAGCAUCCUCAGACUCCGCUAUUUUCAUAGAGGAACUUCCUCAAAAAUUGGUGGUUAGUAAUGCCAAGAACCUUGUUGAAAAUAUCCGGUCAAGUAACGGAGGGCAAGAAAUGAUGGAGAAUAGUUCAAAUAAUAGCUGGUGGCUGUCAUCUAGACCUCCAAGAUUAAAGACCAUUGAUGGUUCUGAACUGGAAUCUUGGAUUGGAGAGUACAUUCCUACUCAUAGAUUGCUAAUUGAUGCUGAUAAAUUUACCAACUUAAAGUAUCAAGGUUGGAAAAAUCGUGAAGACAAUAGAUGGGAAGUUCAUUUAAGCCAUUCCCAGAUGGUUGACUUGGCCUAUAUUCUGGAUAUGUACUAUGAAGAUCGAUACACCUUGCCUGGGAAGCAUUUCCCCUUCAGGCUAGCGACAAACGUUUCAUACACCCCAAAGAGUAAGAGGAGUUUGCAGUUAUGGAAAGCUCUAUCCAUUACCUUGGCGGGUGGAUUAAUUCUAGUUUCCAUCAGAAUUCUUGCUCAACUUUGUCAUCCAUUCUUUUGGAGGAUUGGGAGUCCUAGAACUGAAUCUUAUUCAAUUCUAUCAGACAGUAGUGCUUCCAAUGAAACCAAGCCAAGUAUUAUUAGUGAAAAUUCUACUAAUGAGCUGGAACCUCUGAGUAUAAUGGUAAUUCAAAAGAUUAAGGAUUCCCUUGAAUGGCCUGGGGAUAUAAAUACGGAUGGCGAUAUUGGCACUUGGACUGGAGAAAUGCCGAGCCACCUGAGUUCCAUCGCUCCAGAAUAUGUCCUGGAAAGUGAAGCAGACAAUGAAGGAAUCAUAACAACAGAUGCUGAUCUGGAGAAUGCAUCAACCCGUAUGGACUUAUCUGAAAAUUCCUCACAAGCCAAGCCAAACCUAGACAUCCAAGCAUCAAAUGCACUUGAUAUAGCAGCUUAUGAGGUAAUGCUAUCAAGAGAAGGCAAAGUGGUAGGUUUCCAGCCAACAAAUCGCCUCGCCGUCAAUCACUGGGCUAGCAAUCCUUUGGCCAAGUCUCUCUAUGGGGAGCGUAAACUCUCACCAGGCUUCUGGGAACCCCGUCUCAAGAUUCAGCGCCCAGAGAGGUUCAUCCUACUGGAGCUGUUGAUAUCAGUGGAUCCUGAUUUUCAGUUUGCACUAGCAAGGCCUGUUCAGACCCACACAUUAUCAUAAUGCUCGGGCAUCUUCAACCUGCAACCACAAUCAUCAUCAGGUUUCUCUCCCCUUUGCUGGUCAUGGAGAAUUAGAGCUACCAACAGGUUGGACCAGGCCCAGCCCGAAACUUUUUUGGGCUUGGCACUGCUGUAUAAUUUUCAGGCUAGUUCCAGGCCUGGCUCGAAUGCUUUUGUUGAGGUUGGUGCCCUGCCUGGCACAGAUAUCAUGUAUUCUUAAUCAAAUCAUUCUUAAUUUCAUGUAAUCUCGAGCUACAGGCACUCAAAAUCAAAGCAAGACAUUACCCCAGCAAAGAAGCUAUGCUUUAAUCACAUAUUUUUUUAGGUUUACUUAAUCUCAGUCAAUAAGAUGAUAUGCAUCCAAACCAAGACAUUGCCCCAUGAGUAAAAAGCCUAGCGCAAUUCAUAGGAUUUUACUGGCUUUUGAUUCAAUGACAUUCGGAAUCUAGAGCAAGUGUAAAACGUUUGAGUUUGAAAGCUGGGCACAUGCCUUUAUUUAGGGGGUAUUGGGUUUACAGACAAAAAUAUUGACCUAGAGCAAGUGAACAUUGUUCAAUUGCAUAGGGAAGGGAUAAUGGGGAUCCACAUGCCUUUAUUUAGGGGGUAUUGGGUUGUAGAGAAAAAUAUAGAGAAAAUAGUGCAGUAUGAUUCAACCAAGCAUCAAAUUUGCUAGUGACCCAAAUAAAGAGAAAAGAGACAAAGACCACUCAAUUCAAUUUA